AUGGAACCGAUUCAGUUCACGCUGAGCGCGCGGACGGGCAUCGCGGACGAGGAGGGAAGGACGCGCGACGGCCCGGCGCGCGUGGAGGCGCUGGACGCGUGCGCGAUGACGAUGCGAGUGGGCGAGCGGGCGACGUUUGAGUGCGGGGCGGCGCUGGCGUACGGGAAGGAGGGGAACUUUUCGUUCCCGGCGGUGGGGAAAGACAGGGCGGUGGUGUUGGAUUUGGAGAUAUUGGGCGCGCGGGGGAGCGCGGCGGCGCCGGAGAUGCGACAGAGGGACAUGACGUACGAGCAACGGGUGGAGCGCGUGCGCGCGCAUCGAUCGAACGGGAACGCGGCGUUCGCGGGGGGGCGCGCGCGCGAGGCCGUGCGCGAAUACUCGAUGGCGUUGACGUACUUGACGGAAGAUUUUAUGAUGCAGUUGUUCGAUAAGUACGAGGUCGAGGCGCACGAGGAGUUCGUCGCCGCGCACGGGAAUUUGGCGGCGGCGUAUUUGCGAUUGGGCGCGUUCGAAGACGCGGUGACGCACGUCGGGUACGUCUUGAAGGUGGACGAGAACAACGCAAAGGCGUAUUACAGGCGCGGUAAGGCGCGAGCGGGUUUAGGGCAGGAGGACGCCGCGAGAGAAGAUUUUUUAAAGGCUAAGAAAAUUACCGAAGCCGCGGGCCUCGUCGACGCGAACGUCGUCAAGGCGUUGCGAGAGAUCGACGCGGCGAUUCGUGAUCGCGAGCGGGCGACAUCGGCGGCGUUCAAGGGUAUUUUCAAUACGAAAACGGACGGUGGCGACGCAUCGUCGAAUGCCGACGCGAACGUCGCGCGAAAACCGCCGGAUGGUGGCGGUUCGUUCAUCUCUCGCGCAGUCGCGUCAUUAUUUGGAAAAUCGAGGCGCGAGGGGCCGUGA